AUGAACCCUUUCUCAUGUAAGGCGUUAGGGCCGGUUCAAUUAACAUGUCAAUCCAUCUUCCCAAAGCCUCCGAAUUCGCCUUCUGUGGUCAGCAACCUUCACAUCGCUCAUGGUUUACUUGGGAAUUCCAAUAACUGGAUGACAGCGGCCAAGCGUUUAGUUCAGCAUCCUUUUCUAGUGAAAAAAGUCCACGGCGCGUUUGCGUUGGAUAUGCGAAAUCACGGCACCAGUCCCCAUCUUCCAAUCCAUUGCAAUGCCGCCCUCGCGAGCGAUUUGGAGGGAGUUAUUUUAAACUCCCAGCGAAGUAUCAAUUCGGUAACAAAUACAAUCGCACAGCAUAGCGUGCUUAUUGGGCAUAGCAUGGGAGGAUUGGCGGUAAUGGGGCUUUUACUUCGGCGCUAUAACGAAAAAGCUAUUUUUGAUAGUUUGGCUGUCAACGAAGAAGAAAAAGGCGACGAUUCGGCUGGGACUUUUGGAAAAUGGAGCUUUGCCCAGCGGCAGGAGUGCGCGGCAGCGAUGGAGGCCGUAAACGAGUCUUUCGGGUUUUCCCGGAAUGAACCCCUUCGCGAUGUGAUUUUCUACGACCCCAACGCCCUAAAAGGGGAAAACAACUCGCUUUCUUUUCCUCCUGGAGCUUCUUCUCCGCCUCUGCACGGACGUAUCUCCGCAUGCGUUAUUGUAGAUAUCACCCCUACCGACGAUUUUAGAAAAGAUGUUCAAUCCGAUAAUGACAUCUUUCGAACUAUGGAUUGCAUGACAAAGGUAGAUUUGAGCGUCAUUCAGAACUACAAUGAUAUCCAAAAGGAGUUAAUUCGCGUGGGGAUUACGGAAAAAGACAUGCGAGGUUUCAUCGCCACCAAUAUUGUGUUGAAUUCGAAGGAAAAGGGAGGUGCGGCAAGCUGGCGGUGUAAUCUUCCUAUACUUGUAGAUUUUUACAGCGAGUUCGCACCGAAUAUUGUACAGUGGUUUGAUAAUAAAGACGUAAUGAAACAUAAACGUCAGAAUGGUAUCGAGCCUCAGCCUUGCACGUUGCCGAUUUUAUUUGUUUUCGGAGAAAACUCCCCUUUCAACAAUUCCGCGCAGAGAAAGCGUCUAAAAAAGUUUUUCCCGAACUUACAGGAGGUCGUAGUGGAGGGUUCCGGCCAUUUUGUUCACUACGAAAAGAUGGAAGCUUUUGUGGAGGCGACAUCACCCUUUAUCUCGGAGCACCUACAAAAGUAA